AUGGGUCUAGAAGUCGUGUUCUCGAAGAGAUUCGAGAAUAUCAUGAAAUUGACGAGUCAUCUUGCCAAGCACGGUCGAGAUACAGCACAAGCAAAAGCAGAAGCGAUGCAGCUUGAAGGACAAUUUCUCAAUGCCGCAAGCUCGAAUGAUGACUAUCAGCAACUCUGUGACGAUUACGUCGAUACGUAUCGGAUAGCCUCGUCUCCGUCUGACAUCGACCCAGAAAGUCAGGCUCUACUAGAAGAGAUAUUUAACACGGAGGGCCCCACGAUUGGCCGAUAUGAAUGGGCCACGUUCCAUGCUGAAGGAGUGACAUCGACUGUGUACAAGGCCAAGAAGAUAGACGAUGAAGCAGAACAAUCGAUCGUGGCGUUAAAAGUUAUGAAUGCUGAUCAGCUGCAACCACCACAUAAUGCUUACAGAGAAGUUCGUAUCCUACAGAAAGCACGAGCUGACAGUAUAGUACCCUUACUCGAUUCAUUCAAACAACCAGGCGUUUUAGAAGGACUGUUAAGCGCCCUUUCGUAUCUGCAUGUUCAAGGCAUCAUACACCGAGACAUCAAGCCUGCGAACGUUCUGCUCCGAUCAAUGGAAGGUCCGGUCUACCUGAUUGAUUUCGGUAUAGCAUGGGCAGAAGGUGAUCCUGAUUCUGAGAUAGCUGAGCGAAAGAUCACGGACGUUGGAACAACAUGUUAUCGACCACCAGAAAUCCUGUUUGGUUGUCGUGGGUACGAUGGUUCCCUUGAUAUGUGGGCUGCAGGCUGUGUAGUCGCAGAAAUGGUGACAAAUAAUCACUAUCAGCUGUUUGAUGCUGGACCGUUGGGCAGUGAGCUGAGCCUCAUCAAAUCUAUGUUCAGUACACUUGGAACACCGACAGAAGCAGAUUGGCCAUCAGCCAGCACAUACCCCGACUGGGGAAAGGUCAAUUUUCAGCAGUUUCCAGCAAAGAGCUGGAGAGAAAUCUUGCCCACAGCAUCGCAUACAGCAAUUGACUUUGUACGGAGGACGGUUUGUUAUGAGAGCACGAGGAGGAUGACAGCGCGAGAGGCUUUAGACCAUCCACUCCGAAAGGAGUUUGAGAGCUAG